CGUGUACUACACGGAUGAUAAAUCCAACUCAGAGACGACGAAGAGUUUUCAACAUCAAGAUCCAGAAACAGUUCUAGCUCUAGGCAAAGACACCGCCACGCGAAGAUGUCCUCGACCAGGCAAGCAAGUCAAACGGGAGGUGGUGCAAAGGGCGUUUCUCAGCCCAGCACAGGAUCCACCUCUUCUACGACUCUCUCGCAGCAAGCACGUCGGUUUUCGCUUCCCGCAACACGGGUCCCAGCCCCGAUUUUGUUCAAUACGCAGCCAGCUGGAAGCGGCAAAAUCAACUUGCAAGGUGGCGCGACUAGCAGCAGCAGCAGGAUCGUGACUUCAACGCGCGUUGUCACGACUGGACCUCGUCCCACGACUGCAGUCAGUGGUAGUGCGACUGUCGCACCAGGGUCGCAGAACAAGGUUUUGGAUCGCGGGAGCUCACCCAUGCCACGAAGCCUGCUCACGACAGGGCCGCCGAUUCACGCGGCAAGUCGGUCCACGACACCUCGUCUCCUCCGAUUCGACCCCAGCACGAUGGGAAAGUUUACAAGUGUCAGUCCCGCUGUCUCACG